AUGGAUCCAAGCCACCGUCAGUCCCGGCCACAGCCUUCUUCACGCCCGACAACGCCUCUGCGACCCAGCUCCAGGUCCUCUCUGCGUGAGCAGACGUUCGGAGGUGGUUCCGCUCGGGGCCAUGCACUGCAGCCCGCAGUCAAUACCUUAGAACCGCAGUUCGCAGAGCUAUCAGACUCCAUGGCUGAUCUCGAGGCGAAUUUUAUGCAUCUGCAGCUGCUGCAUGAGAGCUUGUCCCGCUUUAGCGAAAGCUUUGCCAGUUUCCUAUAUGGCUUGAAUAUGAACGCGUUCUGUGUUGAUUUUCCGGAGGCUCCGGUUCAAGAUUCUUUCCGUCGAGCCAAUGAAGCAGCUGAAUCUGCUACUCUUGCCCCCGAGCCAUGUCAGCCCGACGUUGAGACGGAAACAACAUUUAUGACGACGGACACAUCCUUUAUCGACCAUCCGCCCACCUCGUCGAAGAGAUCGUCGAAAUUUGCAUCAUCGGGCUUACUAAGGACUAGAUCAACCGAAUCAAGUCGAGGAACCGCAAGGGGUCGACAUACUGCCAGAGGGACUACAGGACGACAACGCGCAAGCGGUUUAGCGCGGCCUCGAGGUCGGGGAAUUCGAUAA